AGAGAAACCUCUUACUAGCCAUUUUCCACAAAUGGUACAUACACCUUAAAGGUAUUAGUGAAAAUCCUUCAGAGGUAUUUAAUACUGGAGCCAGCAGUCUCCCUCCUAUUCUCUGAAGCUUAUACAUGUAACCGGGCAGUGGCACAAAAAAGCAAAACCCAGAGAAAUACUGCAAGGUUCCCCAGUGUUUUUACCUCAGCAAGGUUUGCUACUCCAAUUGAUUGCUAAGAUGUGUGAUAUGGGGGGACUUGAUAAUCUGAUUGCCAACACAGCAUACUUACAGGCCAGGAAGUCUGGAGAUGUGGACGCCAAGGAUAUGCAAAAGCGGCGCAAGAGCAUUAACCUACCUAAGGUUGAGGAAUGUGUUGAAAUCAAGAGUUUCAUUUCUAUGGACUAUGAGAGCAUUUGUGAGCAACAACCCAUUGGCAAGACAUUUUUCAAAGACUACGUGGCGACUCUGCCUGAAUACCAGUUGGCCCAAGAAUUCUUGGAUGAAAUUGCUGUUUGGGAAGUAUCAGAAGAAAGCAUCAAGAAUAGUCUCCUAGAGGGCAUGGUCAACAUGUAUCUGAAGAAUGUUAGCAAUACUUACUUGAAAUAUCUUAGUACAGACCUAUCCAACAAGUGCCAGUCAGCCUCCGCAAAUGAUUUUGAGAACAUCCUGCAGUUGGCCAGGGAAGAGACAAAAACCUUUCUUAAGGGAAAACCCUUUGAAGGCUUCCGGACCAGUCAAUUCUAUGAGAAAUUCUUGCAGUGGAAAAGCUAUGAGAAGCAACCUAUAAAUGAUAAAUUCUUUGAAGAGUUCCGAGUAUUAGGCAAGGGAGGCUUUGGAGAGGUUUGUGCUGUCCAGGUGAAAUGUACCGGGAAGAUGUAUGCCUGUAAGAAGCUGGACAAGAAAAGAUUGAAGAAAAAAAAGGGUGAAAGUAUGGCUCUUCUUGAAAAGGAGAUACUUGAAAAAGUCAACAGUCGUUUCAUUGUCAGGCUGGCCUACGCUUUUCAAAGUAAAACCGCUUUAUGUCUCGUCAUGAGCCUCAUGAAUGGUGGGGACCUUAAAUAUCACAUUUACAAUGUGGGUGAAAGAGGCUUGGAAAAGGACAGAGUCAUGUUCUACUCAGCUCAGAUUAUCUGUGGGAUACUGCACCUCCACUCCAUCAAAAUUGUCUACAGGGACAUGAAGCCAGAAAAUAUCCUCCUGGAUGAUAAUGGUCAUUGCCGAUUGUCUGAUCUUGGUUUGGCAGUAGAAGUCAAGGAUGGCAAAAAAAUCACCCACAGGGUAAGUGAGAAUUUACUGUGCAGGGUUGCAGAUACAGUGGACCAAUUCUCUCUAUUUUUUAAGCAUUGGAUCCAAGUGUUAAUUCUUUCAGAUUUGUUCCUCACUAAAUCUUAUUUGCUAACUUUAUUCUAUGUGACAGAUUGGUAAGACGUUUUGUUUAAUUCAAUAUUUAUACUGUAUAGUGCAGCAGUUCAGGUACCAUACUUUCUUAAAAGAAAUCUAUACCUGGUCAAAAGUUGCCAUUUUCUUCCAAGCAAUUGCAUGUCUUCUGAUUGCUGAUAGAGAAAAUAAAAGAAGAGGUAUAUUAUACAAUGAACCAUUCAUUAUGCAAUGAACUGUUGGGAAAUGAAAUAUUAAUGUAAAUGUUACCUUUAUUAUCCAAAUAUAAAACAUAAUCUUUAGAAAGUUCUCUUGUACAAGCCCACUGCAAUUAAUAGGAAUUACA